AAGCACAGACUGUAAUUUAGGUCCAUGCAAAAAGAUAAUGAUCAGCUGAAACUCAUACUUGAUAAAGAAAUUUAAUAUAUUCUUUAUUGUAAACAUAAAAAAUGAAGUUAUUUUGCAUGUAAUGUUGAUGAAAUAUAGCAUAACAAGUGUAUUUUGCUGGAUAAAUUUCAACAAAGGGCUACAAACAGCUCUUUUGAUAUAUCCACAUGCUUUAAACAUGGUUCAUUAAUCUUUGGAGUCCCACACUCCUCCCCAUCUGUCACUUGUGUCACCUUAUUAUCUUGAAAAUGUGAUGGACUGCCAGUCUGAUGCAUGUAUGUUUUUCUUUAGUGUAAAAUAUCAUAUUUAUUUCGUUCAUUGCUAUUUAAAAGACUAAAUAUGAUUUGAUGAUUGUUUUGCCAGAGGCGGUGUCAACGUAAUAGAUGCAUGUCUUAUUAAGAGAUAUAUGGCUGAUUUUGCGUAGAGAAUAUUUAACGUAUAUAUCUUUUAGCAUGUAUCGUUUUGCUUGUGUUUUACAUAUUUCAUAUGUUAGAGCCUGCGUGUAAUGUUUGUUCUUUAGCGUGUUAUGUGUACGUUUUGCUUUGAUGACUACUACAAGCAUGAGUUUAUAGUAAUAGAUAGCAACAAUAAAGUCUCCAAAUUACUGCCCCACGUUGGAUGCCAAAUGUCACAGGGUGAUAAAAAUGUCCAGCCUGACUGGGACUCGAACCCGGGACCCUCGGAAUACCGUACCGCAGCUCUACCGAUUGAGCUAUCCGGCCGCUUACACAUCUUCUUCCCUAAAUAGUGAACCGUGAAUUAGGGACAUUGACCGUUGCCAGAACAUGACCCAUAUUGAUUUUGAGGUCAGUAGAUUAAAAUCAACAUGGCCUUGAUGACAAAAAUAGACCAUAUCGUCUAGCAAUGUAUACCUCAGUGCUUGCAGUGCUUUGAUUAUUCUAUAGGCAUGAUCACUGGUAAAUUCAUCUGUUCCAAUUGUCGGGUAUAUAAAAGUCGACCGUUGUAAUCUGCACUAUUACAUAAACCAUUAUAACGGAGUAGUGUUGACUAAGUGGACCUAUAUUUAAAACACAUUUACAGGAAAAAUUGUUUGAAUGUACAGAAUUUCCUUCUUUAAAUAUCUUUGACGUCAAUUCAGUGUAGUUUUUGCUAAACUUUCAAGACAUACAUUGUUAUUUUAUGUACGUUUAAAGCACGUGUUUACAGAAUGGAUAGAGAACGCAUGCAAUGGGGAGGAAAACUCGAGUAUUUGUUCACGUCGUUUGGAUACACUGUAGGGUUGGGAAAUAUUUGGCGGUUCCCCUACAAAUGUUACAUCCACGGCGGCGGGGCAUUUUUCAUUCCAUAUGUUUUGACAGUUGUGUUGUGCUCGUUCCCAAUUUUGUUUCUCGAAAUGUUCAUGGGUCAGUUUUCAUCUGAAGGACCGAUAACUGUGUGGAAAUUUUGUCCAAUUUUCAAGGGUGUUGGAUGGGCAAUUAUUUUCAAUAUUUUCAUGACGAAUAUAAACUAUAUCGUCAUCGUCAUGUAUUCAUUUUACUACAUGCUCGUGUCUCUUGUGAACAUUGGUGGUACGUUACCAUGGCAACAAUGCCAAAAGCCUUGGGCAACUCAAAAUUGUAGGAACGAGCCUUUUCCAAAUUAUAACGAAAUAAGGUAUGACAGUAAGAAAAUAAACACACUACAAAAUUACCUGGAUGUUUCUUGCAUGCAGAAAAUAAAACACUCACAAAAUAUUACUGUUGAUCCAGUUUCAUUUAGUAACUUCAUGGCACUGUAUAAAUCGUGUGAAAAAAUGUAUAAAUCACCGGAAGAAGAAUACUGGAACAGGUUUGUGCUCGGCGUUCACAAGUCUGACGGGUUAGAUGACCUCGGACCAGUGGUUGGACGGAACGCUAUAAUACUACUUCUUGUUUGGUUAAUGGUAUUCUAUUGCUGCGUUAAAGGCAUACGAUCACUAGCAAAGGUAGCCUAUUUUACAGCCUCGUUCCCGUUCUUGGUUAUGAUCAUUUUACUGGUUCGAGGUAUGACAUUAGAAGGUCAUGAAAUCGGCAUAAAAUAUUACACGGAACCAGACUACCGGAAGUUGUCCAACAUGGCUAUCUGGUCCAGCGCAGCAACUCAGGCCAUGUACUCCAUUGGCGUGGCUUUCGGCUCCCACAUUGCGCUUGCUAGCCACAAUAGGUUUAGUAAUAACGUUCUCCGGGAUGGUAUCAUUCUUGGAUGUGUGAACACUUUGACCAGUGUAUGCGUUGGCUUUGUCGUUUUUGCAUUCCUUGGCCACGCGUCGUAUACGCUCAACCGACCAAUAGAUACAAUCUUUGAUCAAGGGCCUGGUCUAAUAUUUAUCUCUUACCUGCAAGGAAUCUCACAGCUCCCAGGAUCUGCCAUGUGGGCGUUGUUAUUUUUCAUGGUGGUGUUAACACUGGGUGUUGACUCGGUUUUUAUCAUGGUCUGGACAGUUUAUGUGUCAAUUGAAGACGUGUUUCCAGACCUUUUCAAGAAGAAGGGCAAUCUAAUUUUAAUUGCUUUGUGUGUGGUACCAUACCUUUUGGGUCUUCCACUCAUUACAGAUGGUGGUAUUCAUUUAUUAGUUGUUAUGGAUCGUUAUACGGCAGACUUUACCUUAACCCUGUUUCUCAUCAUGGAGAGUGUAGCGGUAUGUUGGGUUUAUGGACUUCGACGCUUUAUAGCUGACGUUGAGAUGAUGAUUGGCCGGAAGUCGGGGCUGUUUAAAUGGUACUGGAUGGCAACUUGGGGGGUCACUGCUCCUGCAUUUGGCAUGUUUAUUUUUAUUGCGUCUGCGGUAGGAUACACUUCCGUUAGUUAUAAUGGUGUAACAACAACGCCAGGGGGAGAGGCAUUUGGAUGGAUAUUGAUAAUCACGCCCUUAGUGAUUAUGCUAGGCGUCGCUGGGUACCAAAUACGGAAAAAUGGCGGGAUAAAAGAAGCGAUGCACGAGGAGAAAGAUUGGGGCCCAAGACUUAAGGUCGACAGAAGUGGCCGUUAUGUGAAUGAGUAUAUACAUCCGAUAGGUCAGCGGCACAGAAUGGAUUCAGAUAGAUGUGAGUCAAGCUUUGCACCACCAACCUGUAACUCUGCCCAGGACCAGCUUGCUGACGUUAACAUUAAUGGUGGUUAUUUAUCGUGUGAUCUAGGUGGCAGUAGGGAUGUCACCAUUAACCCGGAAGUAAAUAAAUGGGGAUGGGGAGGUUGGGAAAAUAAUACAAUAUAGUAACGUAGACUUUAAAUGAUGUUGCUAUAUGUUGUUGUUGUUGUUGUAGCUGUUGUGAAAUUUAAUAGACAUUUGUACAUGUAUAUUUGUCUAACAUUAUUAUAUGUUUGCAUUUAUAAAUUUUCUUUAAAAGUGUCUUUCAGUUCUAAUAUUUGUAUGAUUGUGUUUCGUUUUGAUAUAAAUAAAAAAUGUAUGAUUUCCUUACAUUA